GAUUGCUGUCUGGACGCCAGUGACGGUCUUGUCGCCAUCGGAUUCGCGAAUCUGCGAUCCCGACAGUAGCUCAGUAGUCAGUGGGCUUGACCGGCAUUCCCAGAGGCAUUAAGCCUGCCGCCUAGCCUCCAAUAUCCAAGCACCCUUGGGAUACAUAUACCGUAUCUUGGCCUGCUAUUGUCGGCGACAGUGGGAGUUGUUCCGGACAUCAUGACAGCAACAACAAAGGACGCAGAAGCUGCGAUCCAUCUCAAUUCUCUGCCUACAGAGCCACGGUCGAAGCCUGCGCCUUCGUCACCCAUAGCUGGCCUUCAUUUUUCUUACGCCAAAUCACCGUCAGACGUCGACUCCAACUUGCUCAUAUUGCUACAUGGGUUGGGCGACAACGAGAAGAACUUCUUCGACCUUGGAAAGCACUUGCAGCGAACUUUACCUCAGACGGCAGUACUAAGCUUGCGGGUACCAUGGAGGGUACCUCUUCUGGAAGCAGAGUCAUUCAUGUGGUGGGAAACUUUUACUCCCUUAAUGGAAAAACUACCGAAUCAAGACCCUACCCCAUUCACGAAAUCGUUCUCAGAGUUGAUUUGUCACCUCGUAUCUCCUGUCGCGGAGAGCAGCUCAGAUGUUCCCGGAUGUGGAUGGCUUGCAAGCAGUAUUCACCUUCUAGGCUUCGGGCAGGGAGGCACCGCCGCCUUGGAAGGAACGAUUAACUGGACGCUCGACCGUCGAAAACAGUCGAGGGCGGGGGCUCCAAACCUGCAAUCGAUAGGCAGCGUGGUCACCAUAAGCGGUCCGCUCAUCUCUUACCCAACAUUCACCCCGUCGAUAGCUACUCCGGUGCUCUUGUAUCACCGUUUCCCAACGGCCGCGCCCAACACUAACUCCA